AUGGUGCUGGGGACCUCACGUGCCUUGUCCAACGUCACACUCUGCAAGAAGACAAAUUAUGGUACGUGUGAGUGUUCCUCCUCUCACCUUCUGCUGCUGGAAAGGCUUGCACAAGAGUCAGCAUCAAUAGUAGAGUUGACACUGGGCAAAGGUUUGGCCUAUGUGCUGGAUUCCUUCAUCAUGUCACUAGUGGACUCCUCCACAACUACUUGUGGCACUGGGGAUCACCUUAAGCACCUAACUCUUGGGGAAGCCUGCCUUGAAGUCUCCAAUUCUGAUCCUGUCAAUAAUCUGCAGCUGUGGGCACAAGCUGUUGAGUGUUACAAGUGUCCACCAUGGCCAUACCUGACCCUUGCCCCCACCACCUCUCAAGCUCUAGUGGUCAACACAACAUAUCCAACUGAACUGUUCAUCAGAAAUAAAGAUGGGAGUGACCUUCACACAUUCUUCUAUCAUUUUGGAGAGUACGGCACCUACCAGCUGGGAAUCAACACGAAUAAUGUCACACAAGUCAAAAUCCUCCAUAAAGCCCAGAAUGAAUUUCUCCCUCUGAUCACCGCGGCUAUUUUCUUCUUCAUGCUGGUCUUCGUGUGGCAGUGUGCAAAGUUCCUCGUUCGUCGCAUGAAUGUUCCGUGCUCACCUCGAGCUGUUAGGUCACAUGUGGUAGAUGAACACAGCCCUCUUUUGGUAGCUGCAUCAGGAUCGGAGAGUAGCCCCUCAACCUCUCAGUCAUUACCGCCAUCUGUUGAGUCAUCUUCACAAGUUACUGUUCCUGAUUCUAUGAGGCAGGGAGGACGUUUGCAAUCACUGGACACUUUUAGAGGAAUAGCCAUAGUGGUCAUGAUCUUUGUGAACUAUGGCGGGGCCAAAUACUACUUCUUCUCACACGCUCGCUGGAAUGGUCUCACUGUUGCUGAUUUGGUCUUCCCCUGGUUCAUGUGGAUAAUGGGUGUCAGUUUGAUAUUCUCGGUGCGGUCACAGCUGAAGCGGACCACCAAGAGGUACCGCAUGGUUCUCAAGAUACUCAAGAGGUGCAUUAUCCUCUUUGCUUUAGGUCUUUUCAUUAAUAGUGAAAAUGGGCACAAUUACAUACCCACCUUCAGGAUUAUGGGUGUGCUUCAGCGCUUUUCCAUCUGCUACUUCAUCACUGCAUUAAUGGAAGUUUACUUUAUGAACCCUCAGGAGUCUCCAGAGUAUGUGUGGUACUGGAAAAUACGUGACAUCGUGCGGUCAGGAGUGCAGUGGGUAAUCACCGUCGUGUUGGUUGUCAUCCAUUCAGUUAUCACAUUCAGCCUUUCUGUCCCAGGAUGUCCCACUGGUUACCUGGGUCCUGGGGGCUUGCAUGAUGGAGGACAAUACGGCAACUGUACCGGCGGUGCUGCUGGAUAUGUGGAUAAGAUGAUACUUGGCGAGGCACACAUGUAUUCUCAUCCCACCUGCAGGAUAAUCUACAACAGUGAUGAGCCUUAUGAUCCUGAAGGCUUCUUGGGUAUUCUUACAACAGUGUUAACAGUACAGUUGGGAGCAGCAGCAGGACGCAUCAUUAUCACCUACCAGGACCAUGGAUCACGUGUUAAACGCUGGAUGGCUUGGGGAGCUUCUUGUGGCAUGCUAGCAGGUUUCAUCUGUGGCUGGCGUAAGGAAGGUGGUCCAAUUCCUGUGAACAAGAACCUUUGGUCUCUGUCGUUUGUGUUGACCACAGCCUGCUUUGCUUUCCUCCUGCUGUCAUUCUUGUACUUGGUCAUAGACAAGUGGAAAUGGUGGAGUGGCAACCCAUUCAGAUAUCCUGGUAUGAACGCCAUCCUGCUGUACGUAGGUCACGAAGUUUGUAAUGGGUUAUUCCCCUGGUUCUGGGAACCUGUUAAACAAUACCAUGCUUAUUUUCUCCUCAUGAACUUAUGGGGUACGAGUAUCUGGGUCAUUGUGGCAUACCUCUGUCACAGGAGAAAGCUCUAUAUAUCUGUGUGAAACUGUACGUGGAGCAUAAUAACUUUUACUGGUGCUCAAGUAAACAUUGAUGGUUGUGUAGAAUCAUACUGUAUUUUAAUUACAAAGUUUAUUACCAUGUUUUUGUUGCAUGGUGUAGGAACCAAUAAUUUGUAAGAUUGGCAUUAUUGAGAUAAUGAACACCUUUAAGGAAAAUAUUUAACCGUUUCACUGCAGCUGGUACAGUACAGUCAAUUAAAAAAGUUUCAACCACUCUGCUGUGCCUAACAAUAUGAGCCAUUAUGUCAAGACUGUGGUUACCGGCAUCAGUUGGUUGUUAACUUUCAUUUUCUGUUCCAGUGACCUUGAGGUGGUCGAUACUUAUUUUACUGACUGUAUAUAUUGUUCGGUACAGGGAUAGGGUUUCUGCCUUCAAAGUUCACGCUCAGCAAUUUGGCGGGCAAAUACUAGUUAUGGCAGUUUUAAAUGGCAAGCCCUCAAGUGUUGUCAUACAGCAUAGAAAUUUUGUGUGUGUGAAUAAGUCAGUGUUCUUCAUCAUGUUGAAGAAGAGAGUACAGUAUGAUAUGUUAAUGCCAGCACCACUUCAACCUCAGCAUUGAGGCAAGACUGCAAUUUACCACAAUAAUUAUUGCAUUAGAACCUCACUUUAACUUUAAAAUUAAUGUUGUAUUAAAAAAAAAUGGUAUGCAGUAUAUUAUACAAAGCUAGUGGUGAAUUUAUGAAAAAUAAAUACAUAGAAGAGAAAAAACACAUUUAUAUCUUGCGUAUGGCAUCAAGUCUGAACUGCACCCCUCACCGGAACACCUGUUAUUAUGCAACACACCUUCCAGGAGGGUGCCUGCUUCCAGAUGAGACCCAACUUUUCUUCAUCAUGAGUAAGUACAGUACUCUUAUUUUGUUAUACAGGUUAAUUAUAAUUAAUUUACCUGCCACACGAGGGGUGGGCCUAGUAAUUAUAUAGCCACAGUAAAUUCAUAUUAUGUUCUUUGUAAAUGAAAACUUUUAGAUAUACAGUAAUCUAAAAGCAGAAACCUUCAAGUGGUGUUCUAAUGACUAUUACAUACAAAUUUUCCUGGAAGUAGUCAGUAGCCUGUGGUGGUAUGGUGUUCACACUAUACAUUCCACUUACCUAAAUAGACCAUUAACAUGCUUGUGUUGGUCUCUGAUUUAGUCAUGACAAUAUUUUAUACAGUGCUCUCAGUAGUUAGUCUGUGAUGAUAUUAUUUUAGUUUUUUGUACACCCAGAAUGUCUAUAUCCUGUAGUACAUUGUAGUAUUAUUGUAAGUGGUAAAUGUAUGAAAGUGCUUGUCCACCAGCUUGGUAUUUAAUGCUUUGGAAUUGGAGCCUCAAAAAUUACAUAUACAGUACAGUAGUACAUUGACUUAACAUACAUCUGCUUAUCUAGAAUAUCAUACCACCAGACUGGGGGUUGUCCAAUAAUUAUAAUUGUGUCAAGUUACCCCUGGAAUAUCAAUGCUAAAGUACUUACUGUACAAUGUAAGCUCAGUGGUGAUGGAUAAUUAUACAGUACGUACUAUAAUGUGGGUAAAUUAUUGAAGACUGCUAGUGUACUGGAACUCUGUGAAAGGGAAGACUUUACAUCAAGGGCAGAAGACGUGGCUCUUCCAAGGAGUGAAGUAAUCUUUACAUGUUGGCACUGGUUUGAAUGUACAGUUUACAUAAUAACAUUAACUCUUGAAGACCACUAAAGUAGUACAGUACCAUCCUAUAAAAUAAUUAGUCAGGUAAGGCAAUAAACUACUGUCCUUGAUAAGUAAAAUUUUAUUAAUUAUAAUGAUCAGUUUUUAACACUGCACUUUUGUAAGAGUUUUUGGUGUUGAAUAAGCAAGUGUGUGUGUGGACGGUGGACACAUCAAUAUGUAGUCUGGCUCGAGGUUCCUGCCUUCCGAGUUUAAAUGUGUUAUUAGAAGUUAAGUGCCAUAUUAUAUUAUUUCCACAGGUGUUUGUGGAAAAAAUUAUUAAUCUUUGUUUUGUUAUUUUAAGCUAUUAAUACAUUAAAAAAUACAGAAUUUUAA